AUGGCUGACGUCUCGGACUCCCUCAUCAACGAAGCUUACCUCGAGGUCCGUGAUGACAAGUCGGAUACCAAUUGGCUGUUGCUUGAUUACGAGUCCGAGCGAUCCGACAAGUUGAUAGUCACGAAGAAAGGAUCAGGGGGUUUAUCUGAGCUCAGGGAAGCGUUAGAUGACUCCAAGGCCUCCUAUGCUUAUGCGCGUGUCUCCUACUCUAACGACAAGGAGUCAAAGCGCGAGAAGUUUAUACUCGUGGUCUGGAUAGGGCCGAAUUGUAAAGUCAUGAGGAAAGCCAAGAUCUCUGUGCAUUCCGCCGACGUCAAGAACGUGCUUCGCGUCUAUUCGAUUGAAGUCGCUGCUCGCGAGAAAGACGAUCUCAACGAGGAUCCCAUUGUUAUACGCCUGCGGAAGGCUGGCGGUGCUAGUUACGACGGUGUUUAA